AUGAGCGAUUUGCCGUCUAGUCGCGUUUCGCCUGCUCCUGCGCUUUUGCGCUGUGGAGUGGAUUACGCAGGUCCUUUUCAAAUUAAAGCAAAUAAGGGUCGAGGCUCUGGGUCAUUCAAGGCAUAUAUAGCUCUAUUUGUUUGUUUUACAAGAGCUAUUCACCUAGAAUUAGUGACUGAUCUUUCAGCAGAUGCUUUUAUUGCAGCUCUUAAGAGGUUCAUUUCCCGCAGAGGCAAAAGCAGUGAUAUACAUAGCGAUUGUGGUUCCAAUUUUGUUGGAGCAAAACGCAAACUGAUGGAAUUUGAAAGGCUUGCUAGGUCUGCAACUUAUAACCAAAAUGUUAGUAGAUAUUUGGUUGAUAAUGGCAUUAAAUGGCAUCUAAACGUUCCAGGUGCGCCACAUAUGGGUGGACUCUGGGAAGCUGGCAUAAAAUCAACAAAAUACCAUUUAAAACGAGUAGUUGGUGAGGCGAGAUUGACAUAUGAAGAAUUUGAAACAUUUCUCACACAAAUAGAAGCUUGUCUUAAUUCGCGACCUUUAACAAGUUUGUCUAAUGAUCCAAAUGACUUGUCAGCAUUAACGCCUGGUCAUUUUCUUAUUGGCUUGAUAUUGCCAUUUUCUGCAAAAGACUUUGCAUUUCGAUUAAAGUUAGAAGUAUCGUUUAAGAUCGCUGUAUACUGGAAGAUUUGGUUCCAACCCAGGCGAAUGGGCUUGCUGCAUGAUUGGCUUUCUUGGCUUUUCCCAAGUGGAAGUUGCCAUCAGAAAGUUCUCUGUGAAGGCAUAGCUUCUUUUGGUAUAGGGCCCUUGUGUGCUUUGCCAUAUUCCAACCUAACCUAA